AUUAUUAUUGUUUUAGGUUCUUCUGGUUGAUAUUGCAAUUUAUUAUACAAUGGYAAAAGCGCUUUCCCUUAUCCUUGUUGUAAUAACGCUGACUGGUUGCAUCGCGGGAGGGCCUUGCCCGCCGGAGACCCAGUGUUUCGGACAUGGGGACUGGACAGCAGCAACAGAGACCUGUAAAUGCUACUCAAAUUCCUACAAUAAACAGUGGGAGAGUCGCUAUGGUUCGUAUACUGGCUCGUGCUGUACUAGUAUAGAAUGCUCCAACCCGAACUCAACAUGUGCACAUGGAGUGUGUUCAGAUGGCAUYAACUGYRAACGAUGUCAAACUGACUGGACAGGAAAAAACUGUGAUAAUGYCACAUCGUGUUUCCCUUGGCUGCCUUGUAAACAUGGCAAGUGUGUCAAAUCGAGGUUCAAGUGUGAGUGCGACCCUGGAUGGGUGGGUGACCUGUGUGAUCGCUCUCUUUGUGAUGCUUCCAUCAAAUGUGUGUAUGGCGCAUGCCCAAAUGAUCCUAAGAAAUGUGAAUGUUAUGAAGACUUCUAUAGCCCYGAGACAGGAUGUGACCGGAUGCAUUGUGCUACUGGAUGGGAGUGUUUAAAUGGAGGUUACUGYAUUGAACUGCAUCACUGUGUCUGUCCGGCCAAUUACACAGGAGAACACUGUGAAACCAUCGCUGAAUGCAGUGUCCCAUGUGAGCAUGGACGRUGCAACACCAAACCCAAUGUCUGUGAAUGCGAGCAUAGUUGGACGGGASCAAAAUGUGAUACAUAUAUUGGGACGUGCAACAAUUGCUCGUCUGUGGGGGGGACGUGUAAGGACGGUCCCGAUACCUGUGUAUGUAAACCCGAUUACACGGGUCCUCAGUGUUCCGUCAAGAAGUGUGAUGGCUGUCAACAUGGUGCCUGUAAGAUAUCCAAUAAUCUGAAAUUUUGUGUAUGCGAUAAAGGAUGGUUGAACACCCCAGGCCCUGCAGGAUUUGUACCCAAUGCUGGUCCGUGUACACGAGUACAGUACUGUCUAGUCCCUUGUAUCCCUGGCCAAGGAUCAUGUCCUACUAACCCUUACAAGUGCGAGUGUAAUAGUCCAUAUGUAGGAGCCGAGUGUGACGCCAUCCAGUGUCCCAAGUGUUGUCCUCCUGAGACGUGCAUCUGUUCCAAYCCAAUYAAAUGUAGAGCAACUUGGCAUCACGAUUGUUGCUUGGUGAAGUCUUGUUUUASAGGAGACACUCUUGUCCACACGUCCAGAGGACUGGUGCCAAUAAAGGAUGUAAAGGAAGGUGACUUGGUUGUCACGCGUCACGAAGGUGAUAAUCCUAGCGUGACAUACAUGAGAAAAGUUGAUGGUGUUGUCAGAAAGUACGUGUCAYCUGACGAGCUGGUAGUGGUACGUACAGGUGUUGACGAACUGUGGACGACUWACAACCAUCCAUUUUACGACCAAAACACACAUCAAUGGGUUGCUGCUGAAAACAUUUCGACGACACACACCCUUCAUGCAUUGCGAGGAAAACAGGUCAAACUACAGCAGAACCUCAGGGCAUCCACUCUCGUGUCGUUGACGGCAAGUAAAAUCCCGGUGUAUGAUUUGGUUGUUCACGAGUACGAUCGGUACGCCGUCGGMAAGGAUGGUCUACUAGUGUCGAGUUGCAAUGAUAGUUCAGUGCUAUUAACACGUGACCGGCAGAUCUGGGGGAUUAAAGCACAUCCUUUGUUUAUAAAAUCAAGGAUUGUUGGCGUUGAGAAAGAACAGGACAAAAAGACAAUCGAUGACAAGUCGUCUAGUGGUAGCUCGGUGGGUCUCAUUGCUGGUGUAGUYAUYGCUGCAGUGUUUGUUGUCGUUAUGGUURCAGUCAUCAUUGCACGUAGAAAAGCACAGGGAUACCAAAACCUCGAUAWUCAUAACUAUCGCACAGGCUAACCAUCAUCGAUCUAUACCAACAACCUWACUAUGAUUAAUUCAUCAUACUUUUUAUACUAAUUUUCUGUCCAUUGAAGACAAAUGAUGUAACAUAACAAGAACAUAAUAUCGCGAUAAUAUUGUGAAGGCACAAACCCAAAACUAUCCGUCUAAAGUAUUAUCUUGCAUAACAUUUUAAAUCAGGAUUCAACUAUAUGUAUGUUUAUUUUUGCUUAUUUAAAAAUAAAUGUUGUGAUGUGA